CUAGGUCGGUCUUUUGCCCAUUUUUUGAUUGGUUUCCUUUUUUUUUUGAUAUUAAGUUGUAUGAGCUCUUCGUAUAUUUUGGAAAUUCAUCCCUUGUUGGUUGUGUCAUAUGCAGGUAUUUUCUCAGGGGCAGAUUUUAAAACAGACCAGGGAACAUCCCAGCAGCUGAGCUAUGGGAUGGAUGGGGUGGGGGAGUGCAAAGUACUUUCUCUGCAUAGAGCUGAAGUGGCUUUUUUUCUGUGGGGCCUAUAGAUGGCGUCUUUUCCCACCUUGCCAAAACAGAAAGGUGGCUCAAGCUGUCUUGAGCCACAAAGUAGAACAGAAUGUUGACUUCAGUCAUGGCUUGAUCCAGGCACUCAGUGUUAGCAAGAUUUGCUCUUUCACCGUCUUUGACCCUUGCUCUCUCUGUGUUGCUUCAUUUCUGGGUAGGCUUUCCUCAAGUAGUGGCAAGUUGCUCCCCCAACCCACCACAUGUUCAGGUACCUCAGAGUGGCUUUCCCCUUAACUCUGACAGGAAACCUGAGCAGGGCUCUCAUUGGCCCAGCGCGGGUCACAAGCCCACGCCUACACCACUCCUCCUCAGGGAGACGCGAUGCAGCUUCCAGCAGAGGCAGGUGCUGCGUAGGCAAAACCCAGUGCCCGCACCCUCCUCCCUGAGGACGCUCCCACCUGUGUGUCCCUCCUCCGGCAGGUGUCACAGCACAGGUGUGGCAGGAGCCCUCUCCCCCUCUGGGGGUUGCCUCCAGCUGCACCGAGAAAGCCCCCUUCCGGCCCCCCGAGCACCCUGGCGCGUGAGAUGAGGCCCCGGAUACUGCCUGUGUUCUUUGGGGAGAGCAUUGAGGUGAACCCAGAACCUACACACGAGAUCCGCUGCAACUCGGAGGUCAAGUACGCCUCGGAGAAGCACUUCCGGGACAAGGUCGUCUUCGCGCCGGUGCCCACGGUCACGGCCUACAGCGAGACGAUCGUGGCGGCGCCCAACUGCACGUGGCGCAGCUACCGCAGCCAGCUGACCCUGGAGCCGCGGCCCCGCGCCCUGCGCUUCCGCAGCACCACCAUCAUCUUCCCCAAGCUGGCCCGACGGGACUCUAGAAUGUCAGAGCCCUCGAGCCAGGUGCCAAGGGGAGGCUUUGAGAGCUCAGAAGAUGACCACCACCACCUGCCUGAGGCUCCCGGCCAGCUGCAGCUUCAAGAGAUGCCAUGGGGUCCAGCUGCCCUCGCUUAG